AGCGGUGGUUAUUGCGGCCCGUCUUUUCCCGCCUUUUUUGGGUGGGGGCGGGGGCUUGUUUUCUCAGGCGCUGAGGGGAGGAUCGCGCUGGCGGCGGGUUUCCGCGGCGCCCGCCAUGCUCCUGACCCUGCUUUCCCGCCGCCUCCGCUGAGCCAAGAGGGGCCAUGGCCGAGUUCCUGGCGGUGCCCGGGCUGUCUCUGCGCGAGGAGCCGCUUCCCGGGCCCGAGGCGGCCGAGGCGGAGGCUGCGCUCUCGCUCAGCCUGGCGCUCACCAAGACCCGCUCGUACGGCAGCACGGCCAGCGUGGCGGCGCCUCUGGCCGAGCGCUACCUGGAGCAUCGCCUCGACCCCGGCGACACCCUGCAAGGCAUCGCCCUCAAGUACGGCGUGACGAUGGAGCAAAUAAAAAGGGCAAAUAAGCUGUUCACAAAUGACUGCAUAUUCCUGAGAAAGACUUUGAAUAUACCAGUUAUAUCUGAUAAACCUUUGCUAUUUAAUGGAUUGAACUCGCUGGAGUCUCCUGAGAGUGAAGCAAUUAGCAGCCCUCCUUCUUGUGAAGAUGAUCCAGUGACCGUUCAGGAAGAUGACUCUUCACCCAGUCCUCAAGAAUCUGACAGUGAUGUUCUUCCACCUGAAGAAUUAUCUGCCAAAGAUUUUCUGCACAGACUAGAUUUGCAGAUUAAGCUGUCCAAACAAGCAGCUAGGAAACUAAAACCUGAAGCUACCAGGGAGGAUGGUGAAGAAAAUUCCUAUGCAACUUCUUAUCAGCAAUAGAAGACAAAUGAAGAGCUGGAAUAAAAACAGUUCUUAAAGAACUAAAUAUGUCAAGAUUCAAAAGCAAACCUUUUGGAUUGAUUUAUUAUGGUGUACUUGUUACAAGUCAUGUAUAGAUAAUCCCACUGACUAUACUUGCACUAAAACAUUUUUGACCUUUUGCCUUCUGCAGGUCAGUGUCCUUGUGCUAUACAUCUGUAAGGGAAGUAAGCCUUCCAAACUAGUAAUUGCCUUCAUAUUUUUGCUACGAGAUAGUAGCAUGGUAGCACCAAUAUAUCCCAGAGACCACCUUUGAUGUAGAAUCUUUACAGAACAGCUGACAUACAUUAAGAAAUUAAGUGUUCAUGAAGAAAAUCAUUGUUGUGGAGCCUUGAGGCAGAUAAGCUUGUUGUGCAAAAGUAUCCAGAGUCGAUGAGUGUGGCCUUGUAUGUGUGCAGGGUGUGCAUAUAUGUAUGUACAGAUCCAGAGUAUGUAUAUAAAAGCCUUUUUGUUCUUCAGAAAUGAAUAAGUUUUAGCCAUCUGUUUUGAGAAAAAAAACUUGGGGUUUUAAAACAUUUAUGGGAGAAUACUGUUUGGAAACUUAACUUUUUUAAAACAAAGAAGAAAAGCUUAGUAAAAUGUAUUUUUCUUUGGGUAAGGAUGUUUGAAGCAGUUUCUUGUGUGAAAACAUGUAGCUUUCAUGUAAUAAAUACAAAAUGCACUUUAGGUCAGUGACAUCUUUGUUAUGGAGCCUGUCAUAUAGAAAGCACAGUGUCAUGUGCUUUGCAGAUACAUGUCGAGACAUGUUUUUAGUUUUGUUUGGAUGUAUUAAAAAUUCCCAAGACA